AUGUCUGACGACGAGGCCGAUCCCGAGCUCGUCGCUCUUCUGCGUGCCCACUUGGGCCUGGACGGCAACAAGACCAACGCGCCUCCGGAGACCAAAGUCCUAGACAAUGCAUCCUUCAUCUGCAACAACAGCAUUGAUGUCGCCCUGGACAUGCGCGGUACUCAAGCCGCCGCUGAGACUAUCUGGAAGCAAAUGGAGCAGCGAGGCUACAGCACUGGUACGUGGUCUGAACACGAGCUGCAUCCCAAGAGCAAGGACGAGAGCACUGUGAAUUUUAUUUUCACCAUGGACCUCCUGAAUUUUUGUUUUUGGUCGGAGAAAGGCCCGGAAGAAAGAUUUGCUGUCGCGUACAAGGGAAGGAAAUGGACUGGCUACUGGGGUUUAGUCGCUGUCCUGCAGCGCGCUCUUGAAGGAGGAAUCCCUAUCACGACUCCGUCGUUCUGGGUCGACGAAGAAGCAUGCACAGAGGAAGUACUUCGUACUGUUUUCCAAUCAGCGACAGACGAGGAAGCUCCUUUAUUCAAAGAACGGAUGGCAUGUCUAAGAGAAGCCGGACAUGUUCUGCAAGAGGAGUUCGAUGGCAGUGUCACGACCCUCAUCUCUGACGCCCGCAACUCUGCUGCCGCAUUGGUGAAUCUACUAGCAGACAACUUCCCCUGCUUCCGCGACGAAGCCACUUUCGAGCACAAGAAAGUGCGCAUCAUGAAGCGGGCCCAGAUAUUCGUGGCCGAUCUAUGGGCCGCCUUCGACGGUGACAGCUACGGCGAGUUCUAUGACAUUGAUAAGAUAACCAUGUUUGCCGAUUAUCGUAUCCCGCAGAUGUUGCACACACUUGGUGUUAUAUCUUAUAGUCCACCGCUCGAGGCUCGCAUCCGGAGCCUUCAGGAGAUCGAGUCUGGACAUAGCUGGGAAAUCGAGCUCCGAGGUUGCAGUAUCUGGGCCGUUGAGCUGAUCAGACGCGAGAUAUUGAAGCAUCAUCCGGAGGCCAAGGUCAAUGCCAUCUUGAUUGACUUCUUCCUUUACGACACCAUGAAAGAGCUGGAAAAGGCUGGGAAAGAGCAGAUACCCCACCACCGGACUAGGAGCAUCUGGUACUGAUGCUUAUACUCUCGCAAUACAACCUGGCAUUUCAUAGACCUUCCUCAUCAUGUAAGGAAUUCGGUGAACGAAAGGGCUUGCAGAGCUAUGCAUCGGAAGGCUGUCAAGGAGGCGUUUGGUCCCAAUUAAGGUAAACGGGCAUCUCAUAUUUCAAUCGGGCACAUGCCAUUACAAAAUGUUCGCGCUUAGAGUUUAGAGACGACGCUCAUCACGUAGGAACCAACACUGAAGUAUUCAAGUGC